AUGAGCGACUGGGACUCUGUUACUCGCAUUGGCGCCAAGAACCGCGGUGGCCCUGCUAUUCGCGAGACCGUCGUUAAGGGCAAGAGUGCCUUGAAUGCAGCCCAUCGUCAAGGUUUGGUGAUUGGAACGGAGAAGAAAUAUGCCACUGGCAAUUCUGCUGGACGAUCUGGAGCCGUUGAAGGCCAGCACCUGACCAAGGUCGACCGCAGCGACGAUAUCGUUAAGCCCAAGACCGUGGGCUACCAGGUUGGAGAUGCCAUCAAAAAGCGCCGCAAUGAGGAGGGUUACAAGAUGACGCAAAAGGAACUCGCCACCAAGUGCAAUACCACUGUUACCGUCGUCCAGGACAUGGAGAAGGGCACGGCCACGCCUGACCAGAAGGUUCUCAGCGCUAUGGAGCGUGUGCUCAAUGUGAAGCUGAGAGGGACCGACAUCGGGAAGGAGAAGUUCCCCAAGAAAAAGUAA